AUGAUUCAUGGCGAGAUUGAGAAGACGCAUGGUUCGAUAACAAUGGAGAAGACUUUCGAGCCAAUCAGCAAGUAUCUUUGGACACUGAGGGAAAAUCUGAGCAACAUUUUCAACGCGUUAGAUAGUGGAUCAUUGGAGGUGGAGCCAAAAGAUAAGGGUUUCCCUCCAGUACUCGAAAGGGCACACCUUCGAAAGCAAGCAGCUGCCGAAGCAGAAGGUCUGCGCUGGCAGCUUGAGAAGAAGGAUAUGGAAAUACUUGAGCUAAAGAAGACAAUCAAGAGUAGGCUUGAUGAUAUCAGUAACUAUAAGCUUCGCUUGGACAUGGCUGAAGCCCGAAUUGAAUCAGCAGGCAAGCAAGACAAUGUAAAGGUACAGCAUCUGGAGGCGAAGGUUGAACAACUCGUGGCUGAUAAUAAGAAGAAGCAAAUUGAGUUUGAUGAGACAAUGGACGCGCUGCAGAAAGAGCUAAAGGAAUGUGAGCGUGAGAAUGCUGAGUUGAAACAGAUGGCGAAGAACUUCUCAAGAAAAACGCUUUUGGAGAACAUACAACGUCUUGAGUCACGUGCACCGAGUCCAUCAGUACAUGCCACUUCUCCAGUGGGACUCUCACUGGGAAGAGAGGAAGCCGCCUUAUUGGAGCAGCAGCUUUCUGAUAGUCGUGAAGCUCUUCGUCGCGCUACACUGCAGAUUAUUCAAUUAAAGGCCGAUCUUGCUCUGGCGCAAUCGCGAGGUGGUGUGAUGCGAUUGCCCGAGAUGGUCUGUGGACCAGAAACUCUUAGAGCCAAGGAGAACGACUCAGUGCUGGAUACGAUUAGCAAAGAGGUGGAGCAGUUGAAACGGGAUGAGUUGAAAUACAUGGUUUUCAUUCCGGAUCUAUCGCGACCACGUCGCCUACAAGAGCAAGAUAGAGCUCGUUUCGAGAAAGAGAAAGAAGCUUACAAUUAUCGUGUUCAGACGCUGCGCACUAGGCUUCAUCAGUACUGGAAAGAAACUUGCCCAGGACAACCAUUUCCAAACCUCUUCGGGCUUCCAGCUCAAAAGCAAGCGAAGGUACCCGAUGUCAAAUACGGUACACAGGCAUUCAAGGAUAUAAUCAACAAUUGGGGUGUAAAAGCAUAG